AUGGCGUCCUUAUCUGUUGGGAAGAAAAUUCUACAUUCAGACAGAUCAACGCAACUUGAAGUUCUUCAUGGAGGUCGAUUGGGGGAUUGUUGGUUUCUGAGUGCUGUUGCCGUUCUAACGGAGGUCUCACGAAUAUUAGAAGUGAUUAUUACUCCUGAGUACAACGAGGAAGGAAUCUACACUGUUCGCUUCUGUGUUCAGGGUGAGUGGGUCCCUGUUGUUGUUGACGAUUGGAUUCCUUGUGAAUCACUGGGUAAACCAGCAUUUGCCACCAGCAAGAAGGGUAAUGAACUUUGGGUCUCUAUAUUGGAGAAGGCAUAUGCAAAAUUGCACGGUUCUUAUGAGGCACUGGAAGGAGGGCUUGUUCAGGAUGCCCUUGUGGACCUUACUGGGGGUGCCGGCGAGGAGAUUGACAUGAGGAGUGCCCAGGCACAGAUUGAUCUUGCAAGUGGUAGAUUAUGGUCUCAAUUGUUGCGCUUUGGACAAGAAGGAUUCCUACUUGGUGCUGGGAGUCCAUCAGGUUCUGAUGUGCACAUUUCUUCCAGCGGCAUUGUGCAAGGGCAUGCUUACUCAAUAUUGCAGGUGAGAGAGGUUGACGGCCACAAGCUUGUUCAAAUCCGAAACCCAUGGGCUAAUGAAGUUGAGUGGAAUGGUCCUUGGUCUGACUCAUCUCCUGAGUGGACUGAUAGGAUGAAGCACAAGCUGAAGCAUGUUCCACAGUCGAAAGAUGGUAUAUUCUGGAUGUCGUGGCAAGACUUUCAGAUUCACUUUAGAUCGAUAUAUGUUUGUCGUGUCUACCCCCCCGAGAUGCGCUAUUCUGUGCAUGGCCAGUGGCGAGGUUACAGUGCUGGUGGCUGUCAAGAUUAUGCUUCAUGGAAUCAAAAUCCACAGUUCCGACUCAGGGCCACUGGUUCAGAUGCAUCAUAUCCAAUCCAUGUAUUCAUUACGUUAACUCAGGUAUACUGUGGACCUUCAGGCAGAACUAUGGCACUAUAG